CGGGCCUGAUGCUGUUUUGUUAAUAGCUUGAGAAAAGAGUGGACCUUAAGGCUCCAACUGAACAGAAGAUUUUUGCCUAAACAGGUACAUGAGGAACGGUAUUGAUGCCAAGUUUGCAGGCGUUGUGUCCUCCUGUCAUGAGAUCUUGCUUGGCCCCUGACUGCCCCUCCUGCAGUUGAUGACUCUGCAACCGGUCUGGAGAUGACGGACAGUGUUAGAGCAUUUUUCUUCAAUGUUGCAAUGGGGAUCAAGGACUCAAUCCUGGGCAUCGGAACCAUCUCCAAGCUGGAUGCCCGGAUUCAGCAGAAGAGGGAGGAGCAGAGGAGGCGCAGAACGAGCGGGGCGCUGGCGUUGAGACGGGCUCAGAGUGAGGAGCGAAAACAGGACAGUGAACCAAAACUAGCGAAUCGUAUUUUUCAGUGCUGUGCCUGGAAUGGGGGCGUGUUUUGGCUUAGUCUGUUGCUGUUUUAUCGAGUGUUUAUCCCACUGCUACAGUCCCUUACUGCUAGAAUCAUAGGUGACCCUUCGUUGCAUGGUAAUGUGUGGUCCUGGCUGGAGUUUAUUCUGAUGUCUGUGUUCAGUGCUCUCUGGGUUCUGCCUCUUUUUGUGCUUAGUAAGGUAGUCAACGCCAUUUGGUUCCAGGACAUUGCUGAUCUGGCAUUUGAAGUGUCUGGACGUAAAGCUCAGCCGUUUCCCAGCGUCAGUAAGAUCAUUGCAGACAUGCUUUUCAAUCUUCUGCUCCAGGCCCUCUUCCUCAUUCAGGGAUGGAUUGUGAGUCUCUUCCCCAUUGAUGCUAUUGGUCAGCUGGUCAGUCUCCUGCACAUGUCUCUGCUCUACUCGCUUUACUGCUUUGAGUAUCGCUGGUUUAAUCACGGGAUUGAGAUGCACCACAGGCUGUCAAACAUUGAGAGGAACUGGCCGUAUUAUUUUGGCUUUGGAUUACCCAUGGCAUUACUGACUGCACUGCCCUCUUCAUAUAUCAUAAGUGGCUGUCUAUUUUCCAUCCUCUUCCCACUCUUCAUCAUCAGCGCUAACGAAGCAAAGACUCCUGUCAAACUCUUCCACUUCCAGCUCCGCCUCUUUUCCCUGGUCGUGCUCAUCAGUAACAAACUGUUCCACAAGACGGUGCACCUUCAGAGUUCCCUUACGCCCUCCGCUUCUGCAGAGAAAGUGCCCUCACCUCACAUAUCCCCGACCCGCCAGUGACCUCUACCCCACCAGUGUCCUCUUUCAGGAAUGGUAACUCGGUUCAGGUUCAGAGGAUCUUCGUGUUAUACAGAGGGAUGGGAAAAUGAUUUGCUUUGCAUUCUCUGUAAUUGAAAACGUGUGUCAGCCCUAUCGAUGUUGUUUAGUGGGAUGAAGCAGACCUGUUAGUAAUGUGAAUGGCUUGUGUUUGGGAUUGGAUCGCCCUGUGCCUAUUCCACACACGUGGGUACACACAAGGUCAUGAUCCCUACUCUGUGUGAUUUCGUUAGACUAUUUUUGUACCCUUAAUGUGCCAUUUGGGUUAUUUGUAGUUUUCAAAGACAGCACAAAGAGAUCUGCAUGCACAUUUUAUGUAAACUGACCCACCCUCUUUUAGGCCCGUUGACUCAUUUGAUCUAUUUAUGGCCUUCUUUUUCAUUUCAUGUAAUUACUUUUUCUGCCUUGUGAGGCCCAAACAGUUAACACUAAGCUCUGACAUGGCUGUUUAGCUAAUUACCUAAGAAAUGAGUUGAAAUGGCCCUUACUUCCCCAGAUGCCUUUAUUUUCCUGUACUGAAAUCUGGAAAAUGAUCAAAUUGAAAGGCCUCUUUUUAUGCAAGGGAUGUUUCUUGACCUAAAAUGAUGUUGUCUGCUAGCAGACCUUUUUAAAGCUACUUUGACUUGAUAACAGCCCUUAAAUGAAUAGUUUUGCCAAAAAUGAAAAUUCUGUCAUAAUUUACUCACCCUCAUGACUGUUCCAAACCUGUAUGACUUUCAUUCUUCUUUGGCACACAAAAGGAGAUAUUUGGCAGAAUGUCCAUGCUGUUCUUUUCAAUACAACUAAAGUAAAUAUGGACAAGGGUUGUCAAGCUCCAAAAAGGACAAAAAAAAGCAAUCAUGUUUGGCAUCAUUGACUGCAAACCUGCUGUGGUGCAUGUUGGCAUGACACAUAAAGCUAUUUGAGAGCUAUUGUGGAGAACAAGAUGUUGCAUGACUUAUAUGGUCUACUUAUGUUACUUUGUUCCUUUUUUGUCCAUUUUAGAGCUUGACAGCAUCUAGUUACCACAGUAUGUGCUUUCAUUACAUGGAAAAGAGCAUUGUGAACUUUCUUCAUAAUAUCCUUUUUUUGUGUGUUCCAUGGCAGAAAGAAAAUAUAUAUGGAUGGAUAUGUAUGGAUUUUGAACGACGUGAAUGUGUGUAAAUGUUUACGAUGAGUUUUUCUUUUUGGUUAGGCUAUUUCUUUAAUGUUACAAUGUAAAACUCAAAAGGGAGCUGCUUUUUGUUCGAUUUCUCUCUCUCUUUUUUUUUUUUGUGAAUUCCAUGUCAACAUUAUACAGUGUCAUCCGUAAUGGUUCUAGGAAGAUUUCCAAGAGUUAUUCGAAGGUAUGCACAAGUUUUACUCUUCUGCUGCUGUCUGGUGACACUGCCAAACUGCGAUAUGUGUGAAACUGCUAAAUGAUCUGGUUUCUGAUGAAUCCUGGCAUGUCAGAGUCCAAUGGAAGUCCACUGCCGUGUACGUUCCUGGAGCUCAUACCUGGAACCUGGUUUUGAACAUAUAAAACUGAAGCACAUACAAAAGGCCCCUUUGAUGUCCUUGUAUCUGUGGGGUAGGUGUAUUUUAAAAUGAGUUGUAAUUAUCAUCAGGAGUCCACAGUGUUACACCUGAGAUGGAUAUUUGUGAGUGACAUUUUGUAAAGGUAUUGCAUUAUUUCAAUAAAUUUGGUCUGCAU